CAAGGAGGGCUGAGGUACGAACUGCAAGAUGCAGUGGUGCCGUUGGGGAUUCGACAGUUCCAGGUGCUUGUGGAGAAGUGCCAAGAGAUAGAGGACAUGAGGAAUAAAAGGGUAAAUCGUCAGGGGAGUUUUGGUGCUGGGGGACCUAGCCGUCCCAGUCAUCAGAGUCAGAAUCGAGGAGGACGUGGGACUAGGCCUUACAACCGCCCACAGAAUAAUCGUGGACCACAAAAUUCUGGAAACCAAGGAACCCGAGGAAACCAAGUUAGAGAGAAGCAGACUUGCUAUAAGUGUGGUGAAGAGGGGCACCAUGCUAAUGAGUGCGGGAAUCCAGGAACUGCGUCAGUAUGUUACAAUUGUCAGAAGCCGGGCCAUUUUGCUAAAGAUUGCCGUGCUCCAAAAGCGGCGCCGUCAGAGAAUGCAACACAAGGAGCUCGACCCACCGCCAAAGGACGUGUCUACUGUAUGGGCACGGAAGUGAGUGGUCAGGCUAGCAAUGCUAUUCAUGAGGACUGUCAGAUAGCAGGUAACUCUUUGACUGCUUUGAUUGAUACCGGAGCAACUCACUCCUUUAUAUCUUUGGAUUGUGCGAAUCGCUUGAAAUUGCUUGUUUCUCCGCUGCCGUUUGAUUUGAAUGUUUCUACUCCUGCUAGAGAUUUGGUAGUUAAUACAGCAUGUUUACAUUGUUUGGUGAUGAUUCAGAAUAGAGAUUUUCUGGUCAAUUUGAUAUGUUUGCCCCUUAAGUCUCUCGAGAUCAUUCUCGGGAUGGAUUGGUUAUCUUACCAUUAUGUUAUUUUGGACUGUGCCCGUAAAUUAGCCUUUUUCCCCGAACCGGGAGUUGCUAGAUAUCUGUCAGCUAAUAGGCUUGUAGUAACUAUGAGAAAUGGGGAAACAGAGUUUAUGUCACUUUCGAGUAUAGAAGUCACCUCGGGCAUUAUUGUGGAAGAUGUGCGAGUAGUUCAACAAUUCCAAGACGUUUUUCCGUUGGAAAUUCCAGGUUUUCCUCCGAUCCGAGAAGUGGAAUUUUUUAUUGAUUUGCAUCCGGGAACCGGACCAAUUUCGGAGUCUCCUUAUCGAAUGGCUCCAGCUGAGUUAGUCGAGUUGAAAAGUCAAAUAGAAGACUUGUUGGGGAAAGGAUUUAUAAGACCAAGUGUAUCGCCGUGGGGGGCGCCAGUUUUAUUACCGGAAGCUCAACGAGGUGACCAUUAA